GUUGCAUGGAGAGUCUGGUGUUUUUCCACUCUCUCAGAUAUUACACGCGCUCCCCAUAUAAGAGCCGGCGGCUGGGGGGAGAGAGAGAGAGAGACAGACAGACAGACAGAGAGAAAGAAAGAAAGAAAGAAAGAUAGAGAGGAAAAGAAAGAGAGAAAGAUAGAGGGCGUGAAAAGCGUGCUUUUAUUAUUCUUAUUUUUCUUUCCUCGGAUUUAUAAUUUGGAGCAAAAUAGAAAAAAGGAAAACAAGACAAGACUUGAGCAAUAAACACAGCUGACAGAACCGAUUGGAUUAUACCGUUCCUCCUUUGAAAAAAGUCCAGAAGUGUUCUGCUGAAUUGCUGGCUUUGAGUCUUCUGAAGUCCUCACAGAACCGAACAGAGUGAACAGUUUCCCUGCCCUGGAUUAGCCUCACCGUGUUCAACAUUUUCAGCCUCGCUCUCGCACAGUUUAAACCAGGCCAAUAUGCCGAACAUCAGCCACCACCAGCUCACCACCUCUGAUAUGGCACAGAAAGAGAAGCUGCAGUGUCUGAAGGAUUUCCAUAAGGACACUCUGAAGCCAUCCCCAGGUAAAAGUCCAGGCACCCGGCCGGAGGAUGAGGCCGAGGGGAAGCCUCCACAGAGGGAGAAGUGGGCCAGCAAGCUGGACUUCCUGCUCUCGGUGGCCGGGGGAUUCGUAGGUUUAGGCAACGUCUGGCGUUUCCCCUACCUCUGCUACAAGAAUGGCGGAGGUGCAUUUCUCAUCCCCUAUUUCAUCUUCCUGUUUGGCGGAGGGCUUCCCGUCUUCUUCUUGGAGGUGGCGCUGGGCCAGUUCACCUCAGAGGGAGGAAUCACCUGCUGGGAGAAGCUCUGCCCCAUCUUCACUGGAAUCGGCUAUGCCUCAAUCGUGAUCGUGUCCCUGCUGAACAUCUACUACAUCGUGAUCCUGGCGUGGGGGCUGUAUUACCUGCUGCAGUGUUUUCAGAGGGAGCUGCCGUGGGCUCGCUGCAGGCACAGCUGGAACACACAGAACUGCGUGGAGGACACCAUCCGCAAGAACAAAACCCUCUGGCUCUCCGUCAACACCACCAACUUCACCUCGCCCGUCACGGAGUUCUGGGAGCGUAACGUGCUCAGUCUGUCGUCAGGCAUUGAUGAGGUGGGCGAGCUGAAGUGGGACCUCGCCCUCUGUCUGCUGGCCGUCUGGGUCAUCUGCUUUUUCUGCAUCUGGAAAGGAGUGAAAUCCACCGGCAAAGUGGUGUAUUUCACUGCUACAUUUCCGUUCCUCAUGCUCAUCGUGUUGUUGGUGCGUGGGGUAACUCUGCCUGGUGCUUCUGAGGGCAUCAAGUUCUACCUUUACCCCGACCUGAGCCGCCUGCAGGACCCCGAGGUCUGGAUUGAUGCAGGAACUCAGAUCUUUUUCUCUUAUGCUAUUUGUCUUGGUGCAAUGACUUCGCUGGGGAGCUACAAUAAGUACAAAUAUAACUGCUACAGGGACUGCAUGCUGCUUGGGUGCCUGAACAGCGGGACCAGCUUCGUGUCCGGCUUCGCCAUCUUCUCUGUGCUGGGAUUUAUGGCGCAAGAACAGGGCGUGGCCAUCGCUGAUGUGGCCGAGUCAGGUCCUGGGCUGGCCUUUAUCGCAUAUCCAAAGGCAGUUACUAUGAUGCCACUGCCCACUUUUUGGGCUAUACUCUUUUUCAUCAUGCUUCUGCUGCUGGGCCUAGACAGUCAGUUUGUAGAAGUGGAGGGUCAGAUCACCUCACUGGUGGACCUGUACCCAUCCCUCCUAAGGAAGGGAUACCGGAGAGAGAUCUUCAUCGCUGUCAUCUGUGUCAUCAGUUACCUGCUGGGACUCACUAUGGUCACUAAAGGUGGCAUGUAUGUGUUCCAGUUGUUUGAUUACUAUGCAGCCAGCGGUGUGUGCCUUCUCUGGGUUGCAUUCUUUGAAUGUGUGGCAGUAGCCUGGGUUUAUGGCGCUGAUAAUUUCUACGAUGCUAUUGAGGACAUGAUCGGCUACAGACCAAACGGUUGGAUGAAGUGGAGCUGGACGCUGAUCACGCCUGUCCUGUGUGUGGGUUGUUUUGUUUUCUCAUUGGUGAAAUAUAAGCCCCUCACCUACAACAAGGUGUACGAAUAUCCUGAUUGGUCGAUUGGAGUGGGUUGGUCCCUGGCGUUGGCCUCCAUGAUCUGCAUCCCCAUGGUGGUCGUCAUCAAAAUUAUUCAGUCGGACGGCUCACUGAUCGAGCGGAUCAAGGCUGUGGCCGCCCCGGUGAAAGGAGGUGCCAGCUCCCGUCCCAAAGAGUACAGCCUGAAGAACAGCGAGCUGCUCCACCCACUCGACCCCAACGGCACCUACGCCCUUAGCAAACACACCCACACCAUCGUAGAAACUACAAUGUGAGACUCUCUAUGAGAGAUCCCUAUUACCUUUCCCCUCCCUCCUCCUCCCUCCGUCCCCUUCUCUCCUCCUAUUCCCAUUCCCUUUAUACUCCCGCCCCCCCUGUAGCCCCGCCCCCCACCUCUGACCUCCGACCUCCAGCUAGACUGCCCCCUGUUUCUCUGCACUAGUAUAUUCUAGUUGUAUUUUUACAAAAAGAGGUUAACAACUCUUAUAAUAAUAACAACAUCCUUUUAUUCUCGCUGUUUAGAACUUUUAUUAUUCUCAUUACUGUCGUGGUUUUAUUAUUGCUGUUAUUAGAAUAUUUUAUUAUCACUGUAAUCAUUGAUAUUAACGUUAACACUAACGUGUUUGUGGAGGCCGGAAUAAGCUUUGCCGUCAAUCUUUGCACAGGCGGAGAGAGAGAAAGAGAGAAAGAGAGAAAGAAAGAGAGAGAGAGAGACAGAUGGAAAUUGUGGAUGUAUUUUAGGAGUGUUUGAAGCUGAGCCUUGUUUUUAAGAAAAUAACAGAAAAAAAAACACAAAGCAGUGAACUAAAUAUGUGACAUUUCUAGGUAGCUAUAAUAUAAGUGGGUGUGUAAGUGACUGUGGCAGUACCCUUGUUGUAAAGACAUUGUUCUCUGUCUUGAUUAAUCUGAAUGUACCUCCGCUUUGCGUGGAAGCUGUGCACUGCUUACACACACACACACACACAACACAAUACAACACAAUACAACACAAUACAACAAAAAACACACACAGAUACAGUGGCUUGCAAAAGUGUUCAACUUUGUAUUGAACUUUUCCAUAUUUUGGCAUCUUACAACCACAAACUUGAAAUAAAUAAAAUACAAAAUGUAUUAUAUUGAGAUUUGAAGUGAUAGACAAACACAAAGUAUUGCAAAAGUGUUAAGUGUUUUCAAAACUUUUAUCAAAUGAAAAUCCGAAAAGUGUGACGUGCAAAAGUAUUCAGCCCCUCUAUAUCAAUACUUAGUGGAACCACCAUUCGCUGCAAUUACAACUGUAAGUGCUUUGGGGUUUGUCUCUACCAGCUUUACCAGCAUCUAGAGACUGUAGAGAUUUCUGCCCAUUCUUCUUUAUAAAACAACUCAUGAUGAUGCCGCCGCCACCAUGUUUCACAGUGGGGAUGCUGUGUUCAGGGUGAUGAGCAGCGUUACUCUUUCUCCCCAUAUAGCGCUGCUUUGCAUUCAGGCCAAAAAAGUUCAACAUUGGUGUCAUCUGGCCACAGCACCUUAAACCUUAAACAUGUUUGCUGCAACUGCAAACAGCAAUUCUCUCUGCAGCUCCUCCAGAGUGACCAUGGGCCUCUUGGCUGCUUCUCUGACCAGUGCUCUCCUUGCUCGAUCUGUCAGUUUAGGGGGAUCAUGGUCAUGUCUUGGUAGGUUUUUUUGCAGGUUUAAAAUACUUUUUCUAUUAUUGGAUGAUGGAUUAAACAGUGCUGCUUGGGAAGCUCAAAGCUUGGGAUUUAAACUUCUUCUCCACAACUUCAUCUCUAACCUGUCUGGUGAGUUUCUUGGUCUUCAUGAUGCUGUUUGUUCACUAGUGUUCUCUAACAAACCACUGAGAUCUUCACAGAACAGCUGUUUAUAUUUAUACUGAGACUAAAUUACACACAGCUGGACUCUUUUAAUUAAAUUAACUAAUUAAGUGACUUCUAAAUAAAAUUGCACUGGAUUUUAUUUAAGGGUUUUAGAGUAAAGGGGGCUGAAUACUUUUGUUUAUGUUUCAUUGUCGUUCCACUUCACACUUAUAAUAAUAAUAAUACUUUUUGUUUGUGAAUCACUUAAAAUCUCAAAAAAAAAAGGUUUAAGUUUGUGGCAGUAAGGUGACAAAAUGUGGACAAAAAAAAAAACAA